CUCAGCUGAGUUAGUCAUCUCUUCCUCUUCUCCUCACACCGGACAUCAGUAUCAGGCUCAGAUCGGGUUCUGUCAGCUGAUGCGACCAAACUGUGCCGCGAUUUAACAUAAACAUCUCUUUACUGUGGAGUUCUGCUUUAACGCUGACCUGAUCCAAAGGAAAUUCAGCCCAAGAGGAGGAAGAAUAUUGAGGAUGGACUCUGACAACUCCGUUUCCAGAUUGGAGAGAACUUUCUGGGCUGUCUGGUACUACAUAACUGAUGCAGUGAACAGAUUCCUCAGACCUGAGCCUCCUCAAACAGCCAGCAAUGAUGCAAACUCCCUCCAGGACUCUUCAGUUGACAGUGAACAUCCCAUCUCCGGUAAUGCAGAUGUUGGCAUUAGCAAAGAGGAGGAUGAGGAACAGCCUCUUGCAACAGCCUCUUUGCUUAGCUCAUCUCAGCAGGUUGUUUCCUGGGAUGUUUGCACCACGGACACUGACUUAGGACCAGAAAUAGAAAACAUGCAGUACAAAACACAGCUGAGUAGAAGUAGUGAGGGGAAAGCAUCUGAGGAUGGUGAAGCCACAAGAGAGGAACACUUUAACCAAACAGGAAGUAAUGAUGCAGACCUGCUCCUCAGUAGAGAUGAGGAAGAAAAAAAAGACGAAAACGCAGAUCUGAACCUGUACGGCGAUGGACGAGAUGUGAUGCUGAAGAAUGAUGAACAGCUGAAGAGUGGCUCCGCAAUUAUGACAGAUAUUCUCCAGGAUGAAGGCAUGGAGGAAACUGGGAAAAACACUGAUGAUGAACAAAGAACAGGUGAAGUAGAGGAAGAAGUAGAGGAAGAGGAAGAUCACAAGGAUGAAGAUUUCACAGAUUAUUGCAGAUCUUACAAGUUGGAGGCAGAAGAGAGUGAAGUAAAAUUGACAGAGCAGAGUAAUAUGUCCACUGAGGAGGAGAAACUGCCGAUGGAUGAUGCAGAUACAACCUGGGCACAGAUAGAAGUCGACAACAGUGAUUAUAUGUUACAUCAGGCAUCAGGACCAGGGCCUGAAAACCAGCUUUCAGUCUGCAAACAGCCGUCAGAUGAUGACACAGACAGUAAAGGAGCUCCAAGCAUGACUUUGUUGGACACAGUGCCUCAUGUUGAAUUACAAAUGACUGAUAACAAUUGUGGCGUUGUGUCAGAUGAUGCGCUAGCUGUUGUCGGACCGGAGCAGACGAUGGCUGACAGAAGCAAAGGAUUAGCAAAAAGUAAAGCUGAGGAAGACCAUAAGGAAGAGGAGGAAGAGAGUGAGAUGGAUGAGAGGGAGCACGGUGCUGAGGAGAAAGGAAAUGUGAAUGAAGUGACAGACCAGACAAAAGAUGAAGAAUCAGAGCAGGAAGAGGACAAUGAAGGACUCACAGAAAGCAGCCAACAAGAUGACAUUAUAGCUGAAGGGGACAGUGAAGGGUUUACACUGAAUGUAAAAGCAGAGCAACACAAUAACGGGGGUAAAAAUGCAGAACAAGCAAUGACCAACGAAAAUAAUGAAGUGAUGACAAAAGCCAUUUCAGUUAAUGAGGAACUUUUGACAUAAAUAAUGACAGAGAAGACGAAGAAAGGCUCAACUGUGAA